UUGUUUCGGUAGUUCCUUGACGCCAAGUUUAUCGAAUUGUACAUACGAGUGUGUAUGCUCAUAACUUUUUUUUGAGAAUUAAUAAGCGUUCUUCUUAGUGUGAAUUUCGGACAUUAAUAACAGCGUAAAACAUUAAGAAGCCAAAUUGUUAAAUACCACAUGAACCAAAUUUUCUAACAACUUUAAAGUAUGGAUAUGGAGGCUGAAAAAGGCGAAGCGUUCAACAAGGAACCGGACGGUGGCAAAAUCACGGACGGGGUCGCGGCCUUGUCCACAGACCCAAAAACAAUUCAAGACAAUGAAGUUGAUUCAACGUGUACUGUGGAGGAAUCAUCUGCCGUACCUCCCAGCGAACCAGUGCAGGAGAAAUCAGAAACUCCGCGAAUAGGUAGUCGUUCACCAAGUGCCACCCGAAAGUCACGCAGCCGUAGUGGUAGUGCCAUCGACAGUUCUCGGCGUUCUCGGAGUCGAUCGGGUUCCAGACGAUCCGGUAGUGGGUCGCCUCAUCGUUCGCGAAGUGGGUCUCACCGCUCUCGCAGUGGAUCCGGAUCUAGACGUUCGCGCAGUGGAUCUGUUCGCUCGCGAAGUGGCUCUCGGUCUCGCAGUGGUUCCAGACGUUCACGCAGUGGAUCCAAACAUUCUCGUAGUGGCUCUGAGGGACGGUCACGCUCUCGAAGUGGAUCCAGACGGUCACGUAGUGGCUCAAGACGUUCUCGGAGUGGGUCUAGACGCUCGCGUAGUGGAUCUAGACGAUCGCGUAGUGGAUCUGGAUCCAAGCGCUCACGUAGUGGAUCUGUGCGCUCACGUAGCGGAUCAAGACGUUCACGGAGUGGAUCAAGGAGAUCUCGUAGUGGUUCGAGACGCUCGCGUAGUGGGUCUGGUGGACGUUCCCGUAGUGGAUCCAGGCGUUCUCGUAGUCGAUCUGGAUCCAGGCGUUCUCGUAGUCGAUCUGGAUCAAGACGUUCCCGUAGUGGAUCAAGACGUUCACGAAGUGGAUCAAGACGUUCACGAAGUGGAUCAAGACGUUCACGAAGUGGAUCCAGACGAUCACGUAGUGGUUCUGGCUCUAGACGGUCCCGCAGCGGAUCUGGAUCCAGAAGAUCACGCAGUGAAUCUGGAUCUAGACGGUCGCGCAGUGGAUCAAGACGCUCCCGCAGCGGCUCACGACGAUCCCGCAGUGGUUCCGGUUCCAGGCGCUCACGCAGCAACUCAAGGCGUUCACGCAGUGGCUCCAAGGCCUCUCGUGUUGGCUCAGCACACUCUCGCAGUCGAUCUAAAAGCGCAGCAUCCUCACACAGUCACAGCAAAUCGAAAAAGAAAUCUGAUCAACGAUCGCGCUCAAAUAGUGUUGCCGACUCGGUCACAUCUCAAGAUGCAGUAAAUCGCAAACGUAUUAUAACCAGCGAUUCGGAAGAUGAUGCACCAAAGUUACAAAAAAAACGAGUUAAAAUCACAGACACAGACAACGAGGACGAUGACGAUGAGAAAAAGGGGACUGAAGAUAAGACAGCGGACAAGGCACAGGAUAAAAUUGUGGAAAGUUCAGAUGAUGAAAACACGCCCAUUUCAAAUGAACCAGAAAAUAGUAAUUUCGUAUCCGACUUUGAUGCAAUGUUGAUGCGGAAAAAGGAGGAGAAGCGUGUACGACGUCGUAAGCGAGAUAUCGAUAUGAUAAACGAUAAUGACGAUCUGAUCGAUCAACUGAUAAUAAAUAUGAAAAAUGCCUCAGACGAUGAUCGACAGCUAAAUUUGACCGGAAAGCCGGCCACAAAGAAAAUUUCAAUGCUCAAACAAGUGAUGUCACAGCUGAUUAAAAAGGAUCUGCAAUUGGCCUUUUUGGAGCACAACAUACUCAACGUACUUACGGAUUGGUUAGCACCAUUGCCAAACAAAAGUCUGCCCUGUCUGCAAAUACGCGAAAGCAUAUUGAGGCUGUUAUCCGAUUUCCCAACCAUAGAUAAGUCAUAUUUAAAGCAAUCGGGCAUCGGAAAAGCUGUCAUGUAUUUGUACAAACAUCCGCAAGAGACGAAGACGAACCGAGAUCGGGCGGGUCGCUUGAUUUCGGAAUGGGCCCGUCCCAUAUUCAAUUUGAGCUGUGAUUUCUCAGCAAUGAGCAAGGAGGAGCGUCAAGAGCGCGACUUAGCACAAAUGUCCCGCAAUCGUCAUAAGAGUCCAGACCCAGAGCCCGCAUCAAGCAGCAAUCCGCCGUCGCUAAAUCAAACCUUCUCGAGCGAGGAUAAACUACUGCGUCCUGGCGAUCCCGGCUGGGUUUCCCGCGCCCGUGUACCAAUGCCUUCCAACAAAGAUUAUGUCAUUCGCCCAAAGUCAACCGUUGAAGGCGAAGUUUCGUCAUCGAAGCGCAAGCCCAACCGCUAUGAGAAGCAUAUGAAACGGUUUUUGGAUUCAAAACGCUCAAAGGAGAGUCGUCGAGCCGUCGAAAUCUCUAUAGAGGGGCGUAAAAUGGCGCUUUAAGGAUAAGACAACAACUAGUUACAUACAUUUCACAUGCAACAAAAAUAUCAUUCAAAGACACUGAACAAAACGAAUGAUGCUAUAUAUAACAAUAUAUAACAUAUAGAUAUACCAUAUACACACAUAUAACACUUACCGCCUUUCUAUAAACUGAUGUAUGUAUGUAAAUAAUAACAACUUAAAUUAAGCAUACCAAGCCCAUAUUCAACUUUCAGAAAUAUAUAUUUCACAAUUGCUGAAAGGCUUAAGUAAAUAAAUGAGUUCCUCAAAUACUGCAUAGGCGUCCGCAUCCGCAUCCGCCAAUUGGACGACACUCUCGCACAAGGCACUUACUGAAGUCGCUGUCAAAGCAAAGCAAAGCAAGUCUCCCUAAGACCGGCAUACAUAUAAGUUAUAUGGUAGCAACAUAUCUUACCUAAAGAUUGAUAUGCUCUAGAGGACCGAAGAUAUUAUCAAUGCAGAGCUCUGCUGCACAUUGUUCCAAAACAGCUGAACGACACAAUUCAUAUAAAUAUACAACUAAGAUGCUUAGAACGUGAGUUAAUAAAUGCGAUGAGUGGCCACUGACAUCUCAUACAACUUUAUCGAAA